CCCCCCUCCCACCUUCCGCCCGGGCUUUGCACGAGGGAGGCGCGCGGCUUUUGCGCUGCUCCGGAUUUGCAGCAAAAAAAAAAAAUUAAUAAUAAUAAUAAUAAUUAAAAAAAAACCAAUACGGGUGUGGCUGGCGCAUUGUGACUUGGGAAGGUGCCAAGGAUGGAAAUCCAAGAACGGAGAUGAAAUUAUUUGGCGCGGCGUUGGGCUAUAUCGGGCACCGUUCUGGAAAUCGGUUCUAAUUUUGAUCGUCCUGCAUGCUGAUCGCCUGUGGAUUUAUGGAGGGGGCUGGGCGCACUUUUGAGCACUGCCACGCACAGCAUCCCUCCCGUUGAAAGAGGACAGUGUCCUGGCCAAACCUGGCCUCCUAGAGCCCCUUGGGCUUCACCAUUCAGAGAGCCCGUGGAUGGCUGUUGAGGUCCGCGGAAAGCUUCUACCGGCAGUUUCUCCAUCCUGAGCUGCCCCGGGCUCCUCUCGCUGCCCCCAAAUAUUUCACAUAUCCAGAUGGGGUAACGUGAAAGCCCAAGAGAUAACAUCAGCGUGUUCGCUGAAUGCUGAGGCCUUUUUGAGGAGGAGGAAGAGGAGGAGGAGAAGAAGGGAAGUUGGGUGGCACUGAAGGACGACUACUUAAAAUUGCACACUACGGAUUUUUUUUUUUUUAAAAAAAGGAAAACAAAAACAAAAGUAUUACUCAGUCUCAAGCACAGGGUCCCUUUUUUUAAAAUUCGAGGAUUUUAGAGAAUCCAGCGUUAUCCUAUUUGCACAACAUUUGUGUUGAUUGUGAGGGGAAGGAGAGUCUGGUCAAGCUCUCGUCACUUGGUACUGUUUUUGGCUUUGCGAAUCGUUUUUUUUCUCGAGAGACCACCUCGGUUUGUCUCCACCAUGGCGCGCAUGAACAGGCCUGCCCCUGUGGAAGUGUGCUACAAGAAUAUGAGGUUCCUGAUAACCCACAACCCGACGAAUGCCACACUGAACACUUUCAUUGAGGACCUGAAGAAAUACGGCGCAACCACAGUUGUGAGAGUGUGUGAAGUGACUUACGACAAGACGCCCCUGGAAAAGGAUGGCAUUAAAGUGAUGGAUUGGCCCUUUGAUGAUGGAGCUCCACCACCCAACAAAAUUGUGGACGACUGGCUCAACCUGCUGAAGACCAAAUUCUGCGAAGACCCCGGGUGCUGCGUCGCUGUCCAUUGUGUAGCUGGCCUUGGACGGGCUCCAGUUCUGGUCGCGCUGGCCCUGAUUGAGAGUGGGAUGAAAUACGAAGAUGCCAUCCAGUUCAUUAGACAGAAACGCCGAGGAGCCAUCAACAGCAAGCAGUUGACCUACCUGGAGAAAUAUCGGCCCAAGCAGCGCCUGCGUUUCAAGGAUCCCCAGAACCACAAGAACAAAUGCUGCAUCAUGUAACUUCCGGGGUGUCUCCUUGCCGGAACCCCCCACCCGAAGGGGAAGACGAAACCCUGCCACACUCAAAACGCACACAGGGCUUGUACUUCUGAAGUUUGCAGAGGACAUUUUUUUUGUCACGACUUUUCCCACCUCUCCCCCCCCCCCCUUUUUUUUU